AUGGGAAGCUUUAGUAGUGAUGAGAAAAAUCAUCAUGAGUUUCUCAUCAAAGCAAGGCGGCCUAAUAAUUGUGGGUCGUCGUCAAAAGAUGGUGAAGAGGAUGAAAGCUGUGAAGACAAUAACAAGAAAGGAGGCAUAAGCUCGAGCAACAGCACGGUCGAAGAAAACGAGAAAAAAUCAUCCGUCAGACCUUACGUUCGGUCAAAGCUCCCGAGGCUGAGGUGGACUCCCGACCUUCAUCUGAGAUUCGUCCAGGCGGUCAAGAGGCUCGGAGGACAAGAGAGAGCAACACCAAAACUAGUGCUGCAGUUGAUGAACAUUAAGGGACUGAAUAUUGCUCAUGUCAAGAGCCAUUUGCAGAUGUACAGGAGCAAGAAGAUGGAUGAAUCUAAUUACCAUGGGCUGAUGAGAGACCACAGGCUUAUCGUGGAAGGCACCGUAGCCGAUCGAAACAUAUAUAACCUUAGCCAGCUUCCUCUUCUUCCAAGCUUUAAUCACAGACAAAGCUCUAAUAAUCCAAGGUAUGGAGAUGCUUCAUGGCACGGACAUUGGUCGAACGACUCGAAUUUAGGGCAAAAUACGAGCAACAACAGCAAGAUAACACGACCGAGAUUUUACAAUGCGCUAGCCGAGAAGAUAUUGGGGAGGCAUUACUUCAUGCCAUCGGCAAAUUACAAUCUUGACCUUAGCUCCGAAAUUCCUCCAACUGACGAAAUCUCCACUUGGCGAAAAACUGGGCAGCGCUCGAAAGAAGAAGAAUACCAAAAUCGGCAUUGUCUCGAUCAACUUCCGAAAAACAAAGAAGCCAACGCAAGUAAAACGAGAGAGAAUAAUGGUCUCAAAAGAAAACUAGACUCGGACGGAUCGUAUGGUCUCGACUUGAAUUUAUCGAUCGGCCGGUUUCAAUCGAAAAAUCGAGGGGAGCAAGGCAUUGUGAUAUUGGAUAAUGAUGAAGAUGAUCAUGAUGAAGAACAGCUUGAACUCUCACUGUAUAAAUAUUCUUCUAGCGAACACGAGUCGAGCUUUUCGAAACUAUAUGGUAAUAAGAAGAUGAAAGGUGAAUCCUUGAGCGACGAGAGCACGAGAGGGACGAGUACUCUGGAUCUGACUCUAUGA